GGGUGGGGAUGUUUUUCAAAAUACAGUCUCAGGAAAGGCGAAUACAUUCACGAGUAUGUUGGUGAGCUGAUAAGCCAGGAAGAAGCCGAUCGUCGAGGGCAGCUGUAUGAUCAACAGAACCAAUCAAGCUUGUUCAAUCUCAAUUCGGAGACAGUUAUCGAUGCCAAUCGGAAGGGAAACAUAACUCGCUUUCUAAAUCAUUCCAGCAACCCGAAUUGCGAGGCAAGAACCAUGUUUGUGAAUGGCGAUUAUCGGAUCGGAUUUUUUGCUACGAAAGACAUUGAUGCCGAAAAUGAGUUGUUUUUCGAUUACCAGUAC